AUGUUCGUCCUCACCUCCGUCCCCAUCCCCGUCCCCAUCCCCGCUCUGCACCCCCACUUCCACCCCCCCUCUCCCAUCGACAGCAGCCCGCGCAAGCGAUACAUGGCCGCAGCCCUCGCCGAGGCGCGCCUCGCCUCGAUGCAGUACGUAUGGGCUGCACUAGCGCGCGACGAAGCCGUGCGGCGUGAGAGGCAGCUGAGGGAGGAGGCGCACAGGCGGGAGUGGAUGCGCGAGGCGGCCGUUCGAACUCUGAGUGAGCGGUGCGAAGAGCAUGCGAGGCGGCAGAGGACGGCAAGUAUGGCGAGUAUGGGUGCUUUCCCCAUGGACGGCUUUUAUGAGUGUCGGUAUGAGCCUGCUGUCGUGCAUGCCCAGCCGUGUUAUGGUGCACCGUGGCUGCAGCAGCGGCAUGCAUUUUAUCCCGAGGAGCGUGCGCGAGGCUAUGGGCAUGGCUUGCACCAUCGUCGAGAGCACGAGCACGGACGGCGGGUCCACUUUGAAGAGCCCAGAGGAUGGCAGUGUCCUGAUCAUUACCGCGAAGAGUGGCGAAACCAAGAGGGUCUGGUGAACGCUUCUCAUGAAGAGCAGGAUAUCACAUUAGAGCGAUUGUUUAAUCUUGUCUUUGGCGGUGGACCAGCACGCGAUGCAGAAACUGCUCAACUAAAGGCUACUCCUCCCGCUCAGAGUACUAGUCCGGCUCAGAGAUUUUCGAGUGAAGCCCGUGUUCCAGCCUCGAAUGGCUCUCAUGAUCACCACGCACCCCUUAAUCAAGAUGUAUUCGAGCAAGAGCUCCGCGACACCCUCCAAGCCAUCGUGCUCUCCCUCUUUACCGCCUCUGACGAAGGACAGCUCCAAAAAGAAACCACCAAACCUACGAGCGGGAGCAGUUCUUGUGCAGCGGAAGGGAAAGGCAAGGGUAAAGUCCCCGCCGCCCCUGCUGAGGACGCUUCGCCGAAAGAGCCCACCUCGAAGGACGUCGCGUUUUCCCUCGAGACCAUCCGCAAUGUAGGCGCGUUGUUCGAGGCUAUUCAGUCCGACGUUGAGUUUCCCCGCGACCUCAACUUUGACCGUGCCUCUUCUGUGCUCGCCUCCGCACCCGACUCUACGUACAAGCUGGCGUAUACGUCCCGAAACGCACCUGUGCGGUACUUUGAGCACGCGAUGAGUGCGUUGCUGACGCAGCUAGACGCGGUGGACAGUUUUGGGAGCGAGGAGGUGCGGGUGGAGAGGCGAGUGGUGGUGAGCAAGAUAGAGAAGGCGCUGGAGGAGGUGGAGAGGGAGGUGGAGGACAAGUUGGGCAAGUUCAAGUGGAGGGAGACUCGUGAGAAGAGCGGGAGCGAGGCUGGGACCAGUCGGGCGGAGAACGCAGAGCCGGUGCCGAUCGUCGCCGCAUCUGGCACCGUCCCACAAGCGGCGGACACUUCCAUAUCUGGCCCCGAAGCGCCGCAACCCGUCGUCGAGGUCGAUAUUAAUACCAACGAACCCGAUGCGCCGCGACCACCCACCCACUCCCCGCCGUCUUCCGGUCCCGAUCACAGGCAGGCGGAGAUCGAACAGCGAAUCUCUCACCAGAUCGCAUCUGCGCCUUCUUCUUCUCCGUCGUCGUCGUCGUCUGAGCUGGCCUCGGUCGGCGAUGUGGAUCUCGAUCGCGACGAGCCUCUACCUCCGGCGUCCUCCGUCUCGCCUUCUUCGACCGGUUCUCGCUCUGGCGUCGAUAGCUUCCUUCUCCCCGCACCGUCGCGCGCCGCAGAUGUGCAUGACGAGCUCAUCGUCGUAGACAGCGACCAGGACGGCGAUGCCUGGUCUGAAGUAGAGGCUUAG